ACACAUCGAAUGAAAUUUCCAUACUUAUGUGCAAUGUAAUGUAAAAAAGUCAAUGUAGGUUAGAAUUUUUUGACAAUGGCCACUGACGGGAUUUCACCUGCACUCGCAAUUCGCUCCAGUGUCGGCGUAGAGCUAUGGCAUGCGACGAAUGCAAGCAACAAUUACACAACGAACGAAAAGUUUGCUCGAGACGAGAGUAAAUUCUGUCGGGCCAUUGAGUUCAGUCCCGAUGGGCGAUACUUGGCAUGGGCAAACGGUAGCAAAGUUCAAAUUGCAACUGUUAGCGAUUGGAAUGUCAUCUGUUCAUUGCCACGACCAAAAGCAUUCGCCAUAAAAUUCUCGCCUAAAGGAACGUAUUUAGCAACGCUUGAACAUUAUUCAACACCCAAAGAUGGAUCUGAGCCACAACCAAAUUUCUGUGUAUAUCAAGUGAGCACUGGUGAAGCAGUAUUUGCCAUAAUCAACAAGAGCUUUCUCGAUGAUUGGAUGCCCGGCUGGUCAAACGACGAGGGUAUUUUUGCACUGAUGGUUGGUGGUGAGGCCUAUUUUUACGAACCAAAUGGUCCGAAUGGGUUCCAAAAGUCAGCCAACAAAAUUGGCGGAAGUCGAGGUGGCGAACUAUCGAUUGCAGGUUUAGGUAGUAAUCCACAAGUUUCUCUGUAUGUUCCUGGUGUCAAGGGUCAACCAUCUGUUUGCAAAAUAUUCCGCUAUCCAGCACUUGAUGCAAAUCAAAUUGUUGCAUCAAAGAGUUUUUAUCAGGCUGACCGCGUUGAAAUGAUGUGGAAUAAACGCGCCUCAGGUAUGAUUCUGAUGACAAGCACAGAUGUUGAUUCGACUGGCGCUUCUUACUAUGGAAAACAAGCACUCUACUUUCUCAGCACAAAGGGUGAUUCAUGUUCGGUUCCAUUAAGUAAAGAAGGCCCCAUUCAUGCUGUCCAGUGGAAUCCGAAAGGCAAUGAAUUUUGCGUUGUCUACGGUUACAUGCCGUCCAAAGCUACGUUCUUUAAUUUGAAGUGUGAUCCAAUAUUUGAGGUUAAAGAAGCAGCCAGGAACAGCAUUUAUUACAAUCCAUUCGGUUCGAUCGUGUUGUUGGGCGGCUUUGGUAAUCUACGUGGCAGCGUUGAAGUUUGGGAUGCUAACGAAAAAAAAUUGAUCACAACAUUCCAAGCCCCAGACUCCACAUUGCUGGAAUGGGCACCAGAUGGUGAAAAUAUUUUGACCGCAACAACUGCACCACGUUUACGAAUUGGAAACGGAUUUAAAGUGUGGCAUUAUUCGGGUGCUCUGCUGCAUGAAACUGCUUGGCCGACGGGACAAGAGUUGUUGCAAAUCAUAUGGCAAAAGUAUCCAGAAGGUGUAUACACUGAAAAGAAAAUAUCAAAUGUCAAGGUGAAAGGCAUUGAGCCGAGUCAACCACAAAGCAGUAAGGCAGUUUAUGUUCCGCCGAAUAUUCGUAGCGGUGGCAUGCCCACAAUUGGUGCAUCACCGAAGUUCAAUAAUCAACCAUCUGAAAGAGGACCGAUUCCAGGUUUACCAAUCGGCUAUAAAGUGAGUCAAGGUCAGCGAAAGAAGGAAAAUCGCAACACAAAACGAAAAGAAACUGAAAAUAACAAACAAAAUGCAACCGCGACUGCAAGUACAAACGCAAAUGCAAAUUCAAACAAAAACACAAAUGAAGAAGGGAAUGCAUCUCAGGCACAAACAACUCCAACAACAAACAAUAAUAACAAACGUAACCGCGAACGACGAACACCGCGACCAAACAAUCAUCAUCCGACAAAUGGCAAUGGCUCAAACAAUCUGAAUAGCAGCGAUUCCAGUGGUAAUGGACAUACCCAAAAAUCUCCUGCAUCAUCGAAUGCCAAUAACUCAAACGCUUCCACGCAAAAUGAUCAACUAGUUGAUGGUGCAGAACCACAAAAUAGCCAGGAGAGAAAACGUCGACCACGCAAUAAACCAGGAAAAUUGGAAAAAACAGGCACCGUUGAUCCGGAAAAAGAGAAACGAUUGCGAACGGUUCAACAAAAAUUGCGCGACAUUGCCAGAUUGAAAGUUCGUCGUAAUAACGGGGAAAAUUUGGAAAUGAAUCAAUUGUCGAAAAUCGGUUUGGAAGCCGAGCUCAUCAAAGAACUUAAUUCUCUUAAAAUCGACGGAUAAACAUUUGUAUCAACGCUCAAAACACAUUUCAUAUAUACAUUUUGCCUUAUUUUGUUGUUUUGGAUACACUAAAAAAAGAUUCAUAGCUUUGCUUAAAUUUGAUAAAAAGAGAAAAACCACAUAGAAACUAGUUUGGGCCACUUCAUUUUAUAUCGUUGCAGUGAAAUUAUACCAUACAUUUGUUACGUUCGAUUACAAAAUUAUCAGAAAUAUGACACAUUAAACAACACGAAUAAAACAGCGAAUUGACAUCGUCAACAAUAAACCAAUAAAGAAAAACAUCUGGAUCAAAAGGAAUAAAA